CGUGGUUGACCUAUACUCAGUGGCAUGCUGCUUAUGGUACUAUCAGAGAACUCAGGAUCCGGUCCCCGCGCGGAUUCUGGACCAGGAGGUGGUCGUGAUCAAUUCUCAGCAUAUUGCACCCCUUAAUGGACAAGCGUUCUCGUAUUUACUCCGAUCGACCAUACGUAGCCACAAGGAAGUCGUGUGUUCUUCUAAUAUUCUUACCAUCGAAUCAUUCUGAACAUCUUUCCCGGCGACUUUUCCACCAAACUUUCCGUCCCGACUCUGCAGUAAAGUUUCGCCCCGUGCAGAUGACACGGGCUCGUGAGAUGAUCGUCAAUCUCAUUGAUGACCCUCGACAUUGUCACGCCCACUUCGCAACGUUCUCGUGCUCUGUUGUGAUGUCAGUUGUCUAUGACUACCAACCCAAAGCUCGUGAUGAUCCCCUGGUUCGAACCGCGGAAAAUGCAGUGGCUCUUGGGUUUCUACGAUGACCCCAGAGAAAGCAAUCUUGCUUAAAACUUCCCCUUC